AUGUUGCAACGUCGUGCGGGCGCAGAGGACAGUCCGACUCUCUUCAAGGCGACACACAACACUCAAGGGAACUCUAAGGUUCCCAUAUUCUCCGGAGGGGAGCGCGUAGCUGGCCCGUUGCCUUUUGAUAAGGAGUCGCAACACAUUGUUGGUCCUGACGGGACUGUCUUCAGGAGUCGCAAACCCUACAACGAGCUGGCACCCUCCUCGCAAUACAAGUUCAAAAAGCGAUUGGCACUGCUGCAGAUGCAGAAGGACGGCGUUCCUGAGCCGCCUCGCAUCAAUGGCAAAAGGCCGCAUGGUUGGCUUCGAGAGUUUCCAGACCCGUCACCCGACAUGGUGGGGGCAUCGGGCGGGGCCCGACCAAGGCCUGUGAGGAAGCUCCCUUCUGGCGAAGAACCGAGUGCCAGGAGACGUCGCCCCGGGAGGGACCGGUCGGAAGCGCUUAGCGUGUCCUCGCGAUGGCGUCAGUUGAACCCUGAGAGAACGAAGCUGGCACGAGAAAAUCGCAAGAGAGCUCGACAGGCAGGAAUUCCUCUCAAGAAAGGGGCACCUCGCAAGCCCCUGGACCAAUUGACUCGUGCCAGCAUAUUGAGGAGGGUCCGAGAAGCCCAAGCGGGCAAAGCGCCCUGGCCCCAGUUGCCAGGCACUGGAAGCGAAAGCUUGUCUGGCGCCUCAACGCCUAGCCAUGACGCCGGAGGACUACUUGGAGACUCUGGCAAGACGCAUGCCUCCAGCAAUCCAUCCCCUGCUGAGUCGCACUCAGCCAGCGUCAAUAUGGAGAGCGCUGCCCACAGUGGUAGGUCUGGAUACAGUCCCAGCAAGUCGGGUUCGCUACACGUAUCCACCGAGCAGACUCCAAGCCACACUUUGGAACCCGCUCACGCCACCGCGGAACACAUUGCCACUCCAAGGACGCUACACCGCCACCUUUCGAUGCUUGAGGCAGAGUUGCACCAACCUGCUACAUCACCGCAUCACGUCCAAGAGCACGCCGGGCAUGCACGCCUUCACGAUCUGAUGACGGACCUAGCCCACACUCUUCGAAACACUCCUUCAGCUCAUGAUGACUGGACUCACGCGCUCCUUGCCGAUCUUCAUCCUCGAGGGCUCAGUGGAGAGGUGGGGGAGGCGGUAGUAGGGGCUGCCACCGAACACGUAAGGCCCGCCUUGCCUUCAAAGGGUGCCGGGUCGCGAGCCGGUCAAUCAACGACGGCAAAGUACUUUCAGGCCAAUCCAGAGAAAUACCAAGCAGCGCUAAAGCGAGAACGUGACCGCAGACGACUUAUGAGCGACGUGACCGGCGCCAAGCGAGGCCGACCGUUCAGGCCCUGGGACCAGCUCUCACCGCAGCAAAAGAAGCGGAGAGUCCAAAAAAUGAUGAUGUAUGACGCCGAUACCAAUUUCGCGAAUCGUUUCAGCCAGGAGAAGGUCCAUUCCGUCCUUUCGGACUUUCAGACUGCCCUGCAGGGCCCUGCUCAUUCAGCUUCAGAUGCACAUACCUCUUCUGACCAACUCAUCCAUGCGCAGGCCGCGGAAGCGAUCCCCGACCCACCGACGCAGGGACAUACCCUUUCCGGCCCUAGGCCCGCUGACGCCCGCUCUGGGGAAAAUCGUCGGCAAAAACGCAAGUAUGGACCACGGAACAAACCGGGACCUCGCAGCGCAGCCACGCCACUGCAUCACCUGAGUCGGAGUGGACUGCAGCAUCGUCUCGAAAACUUGCAAUCCGGUGAAGCACAAUCGCGAGUAGAUCCGGAUACACCUUCGUUUCAGCAGCCCGUUGUCUCGCUCCCUGUCGGUCAAGGUCAAGGUCAUAAGUACGCCAAGACAUUUCAAGAACUUAGCAGCGGAGGGCAGACCUACCGCAAACAGCGCUUUGAAUUCCUGCAGAAGGUCAAGAAGCUGGAAGGUCUCAAUCCCUCACUCGGCGAGACAAGUGGCAAGGCCAGCAGCGGGUCGAGUGGAGCGAGCCAACAGUCGCAAUCGUGGACUUCCACGACAAGCGCACGGCCCGAUUCCACCAGUCACGCCCCGAGCGAUCACGCGCUUGAGAGGCGCGCUGCUUCGCAAGACGUUUGGAGUCUAGCCGGUGACUUGGUCAGCCGUGGCGAGGCUGAAGAUCUCGUCAGGCAGCUGGCGUCAAAUCCCAAUGUGAGGCGCCUCGACGUGCUCAGCGCCAGCGGGCCGCAAGUAGGCGCACGUCUGCGAACGGCAUCUGCGGAACUUGCCCGUGAGGGAUCUGCUGAAGGGACGUCUCGUCCGUCGGCGUUUGUGCCGUAUGAACGCCCGGUCGGCACCGUGGUCGAGAACACUUCUCGACCACAAGGCUCGGGUCUUUCUACGAGUCGCAAUCUUGGACCCGUGCCUACGUCGCCUAGUAUUGGAUCCAAUAGUCAUCUUGGACCUCUUCCCUCGGCGCCCAUGACACCGCCAGAAGACUCUGCCAGCCAAAAGAGACCUCGCAUUAUUAUGUAUGGCGACAGCCCAAACUAUAAGGCUCCUCUCAGAAAGCAUCUCCGCAAACCUGAUUCGGAGCUGACCGGCCCGUACCAAAAGUUGAGGGCGGACGAGCCUGCGUAUCAAGCCCAUCUCGCGAGGGUGCGGGAUCGAAGACGCGAAAAGGAGAUCGAAGCGAUGGGCGGACCGCCCGCUAGAAAACUCCCGAGGGGUCGGCUACCCAAAGCCGAUGGCGAGCCACUCAGCCGUGCAGCUUUAUACUACCGCGAACAUCCUGAGCUCAGAGCGAGAGUCGCCGAGCGACGCCGAAUUGCAUAUCGCAAGAAAAAGCUGGAGGAAGCAGCGGCUAGGAACACGCCUUCGGAUAAAGGAAGCUCUACCACACGCCUCGACGGAGCUGACCACGCGAGCUCUGCCCGUCCGAAAGAAAGUGGUCAAUUUCGAAGAGACUCCGUGUUGCCUCCUCAUCCGACGGCCAAAGCUGGUUCUGUUCGCCACACAUCAUCCACAGUUGCCACUGCUGAGCCGAGGAGAGCGUCAAGUCUCCGGCGCAGAAGCCCUUUACCUGGGCCACCACUGCCGCACUUUAAUGGAGGUGCAGAUGCUGCAACCUCGGAUCUUGCAGGUGCACUGAGGGCAGCACAUGCUUCUGCUGCAAGCGACCUGGGAGUUUCGUCAAGAGGACCCGGGAGAGAGUCAGGCACAGGAAAGACUCUGACUGAGGGCAAAGGGACAGAGCAAAGGGCUGAACGGCCUUUCAUGAUUGGCACCCCUCGCUUCAGCAUGCCGAAAAAGCCCUACGAGGAGCUCGGUCCUUCAGGACGAUAUCUGCGCGAUAAUCCCGACAAGGCUAGGAUUAAGAAUGCUCAGCGACGAGGAGCAGCGGAUGAGUACGGCAACCCCAUCAAUCCUGGCGAUGAAGUUUCAGAGCUUACACGAAAGCGGCGAGCGAGACAGCUGGGCAAGUAUGGAGGCCAGCUUCGCGAAGUCAAACCUAUCGAAGAGGUAAGCACGGCGCAAAGGUAUUGGCGGCUGCGUCCAGAAAAGCACGCAGAGUGGAAUGCACGUCGAAGAGCAGCAAGAGCAGCGAAAGCACUCGAGAAAGCCGAACAGAAGCAUGAUGCCGCCGCCCUUGCUGCUGUUGAAAAUCCCGAGACGGCCGCUCCAUUCAUCCCAAUGUCGGAGCUCCGACCACACUUGAAAAGGCUGAAGCGCUCCAUGCUCGCAUCCUACACCACCAAAAAGAAUCUCAAGUUCAAUCACCCCGGAUGGGACUCUAAGCGGCUAGACGACUAUGUAGCUGACUUGCAGAAGGAGCUGCACUCGCCAGGCCACGAGGCGGAAACUAGCAGUCAUCAAUCCUGGUCCGGCAGCGUCCAUUCCCCCUCGCCUAGUGCUGCGAUCCACGAAUCAACGACCCAGCAAUCCUCCUCCAACGGCUCCACUGCAAAGAUGCACAAAAUUCUGCCUUAG